ACAAUUAGUAGCACUUCCUUGAAGAUGUUGAAAGGGACAACAACUUCUUGCCCUGUUGAUCCAUGUAAUUAUGGGCCGAAGCAGGCGUCGCUGGAUGUUGUAACUCCUGCUAGUACCACGACUACGACGGCGCCUCCAAGUACGACUGGUCCACCGGCGACCCAUCCAUCUUCUUGUAUCGGGCAGCAAUUUGGAUUGGAAAACCUGCCGACCUUGUUCACGAACAACACCACCAUCCAAUUUCGUUACGAUGCCGACUUCCAUGCGGUGCAGGCGGCGGUGCAAGAUUUUGUCGAAAAGAUUUUCCCGUUGGUGAAGACUCAAUGUUUGGAAUUAAUGGCGGAUCUACGGAAGUUGGACGCAGCUGCAAACAGGAGUCCCUACACGGGUGCAAAGCAGCUUUGCGAGCGGUUUCACUACUUUGAGCGACGCGUGGAAAAAACCGAGUCAACAUCUUUUUUUCCCCAAAUCACGACGCAGCUCGCGACCCAGGAAGUCUAUCCUGAUAGGCUGGCCUUUCGGAAGUACAUGUGGAAAAGUGCGGCGUUUCAGAGCUUGGUGACUGCGGUGCGCGAAACAUACAAAGAUAUCAUCGACUUUCCAGCGACUAAGAUUUACUCCGAAGUAGCGACUACAUCUCUGACAACAUCGGCAGGAGGAGUUGCACGAGCAGGUACGGUGGAACAAAC